AUGUACGGUAAAUUUCUAGAUAUCUUGAAAACGCUUCAUAUUAAUAUUCCAUUCUUAGAUGCUAUAUCCGAGAUGCCUUCUUAUGCUAAAUUUUUAAAGGAUAUGCUUUCUAACAAGAAAAAGCUAGAAGAGAAUGCUACAGUUGCUUUGACUGCAGAGUGUAGUGCUAUUUUGCAGAAUACUCUCCCUAAGAAAUUAGGUGGUCCAGGUAGCUAUUCAAUUCCAGUGAAGCUUGGAGAUAUUGAAAUUAACAGGGCACUAUGCGAUCUUGGUGCAAGUACAAGGUCAGUCAAAUUUCCUUUGGGUGUACUUGAGGAUGUACCUCUUUGUGUAGGUGCAAUUAUAGACAUGAAAAAUGGUAAGAUCACCUUUGAGGUUGGUGAUGAAAAAUUGGAAUACUCACUUUUGAAUGCUACAGUGGGGAAGGAUGAUGAUGGAGAUUGGGAAUCAAGGGAGUAUGUCAGGCUACUUGAAGAAGCAAAGGCCAACCCAAUCUCUAAUCCAAUCAGAGAAAUACUUAGUGCAGUGAGUAUUGGGGAGAGUACUACGCCUCCCGAGGUAGAGCUGAAAUCUCUCCCUUCUAAUCUGAAAUAUGAAUAUCUUGGUCCUAAUAAUUCAUACCCUGUUAUUGUUAAUGCUGAACUUAAGGACAUAGAAUUGGAGUAA